AUGAUGGACUAUAGGACAGGACUGCUGCUUCUAACUAUCUGCUGGACAGGUGUUGAUGGUCAGACUCUGACAGAAUCUGAACCAGCAGUUAAAAAACCUGGAGAAUCCCACAAACUGACCUGUACAGUCUCUGGAUUCACAUUCAGUAGCUACCACAUGAACUGGGUCAGACAGUCUCCUGGAAAAGGACUGGAGUGGAUUGCUUUUGUACACACAGGCAGUUCUCAUAUUUUUUACUCCCAGUCAGUCCAGGGUAGAUUCACCAUCUCCAGAGAUGACUCCAGCAGUAAGCUCUAUCUACAGAUGAACAGUCUGAAGACUGAGGACACAGCAGUGUAUUACUGUGCUAGAAGAGACACAUUUAACAUGGUGGACUAUAGGACAGGACUGUUGCUUUUAACUAUCUGCUGGACAGGUGUUGAUGGUCAGACUCUGACACAAUCUGAACCAGCAGUCAAAAAGCCUGGAGAAUCUCAAAGAUUGACCUGUACAGCCUCUAGACUUGACUUUGAUGGCUACUACAUGGCUUGGGUCAGACAGGCUCCUGGAAAAGGACUGGAGUGGAUUGCAACUAUCAGUAAUGGUGGUAGUGGCAAAUACUACUCUCAGUCAGUUCAAGGCCGGUUCACCAUCUCCAGAGACGACAGCAGAGACCAGCUGUAUCUGCAGAUGAACAGUCUGAAGACUGAAGAUUCUGCUGUUUAUUAUUGUGCUCGAGACUCACAGUGA